UGAUCGGCGAAGCAUGAAAAAAGUCAUAAAUGGUGUGAGUGUUCAAAUACCAUCAAAAAAAUAUCUUCUCUGCUUUUUGCUGUACAUACAGCUCAAUACAUACGAAACACAGUGGAACAUGGAAAAAAUAAAACGAAACAUCUAAGCAGAGUUAGUUUCAUUUGAGUUUUUGAACGAAGCAGACCGUCUAUUUGAAUUAUUUCCCAACGACUUUAUGAACAAAUUCGUUUGUCUUACUAUUAUAAUGAUAUGUUAUAAUUAAUGCAAACAAAUAAAAAAGGAGGAAAAAAAAUUAUCGUGCGAUGAUAAAUUUUAUUUAAGUGACUUUAAAAUAUUCGAAAAUAUUUUUUAAAACUUGUGCAAGGUGAAUUCUUAAGAAGUAACAUUUUUUUUUGGAUAUUAUUAAUGUGUGUCUAGUGAAAGAGAGUUAAAAGGAACCAGAAAAGAAUAACAAAAAUUAUUUAAAAAUUGGAAUAGUUUUGAAAAAAUAUUAAAAAUUGAAAAACAAGUGCAAAAAUUUUGUGUUUUUAGUGAAAUUAAAAUUUUUUUAAAAUUCAUUGAAAGUGGAAAUAAAUUUUUUUUGUUUUGUCGAAAAAAGAUAGUAAAAACUUUUACGGCAUAGCGGUGCAAAUACAAUAAAAAAAAUUGUAAAAAAAAGAAGAAAAGAAAAAAGAAAAUAAAAACAUACAAAUCGAAUUAAAAAAUAUAAAUUGUUUAUCGUUUGCUGCGCCCAAGAAUUGUAUUGUAAUUAAGAGUGCAAUAGCACGAGUUUUCUUAUUAAAAAAGAUAUUGCGCACCAACCAUACAUCAGACCGUCUAUAAGCAAAAGAGCAUCGAGAUAAAGGUGUAAAUUAUUUUGUGAAACUCAGUCAGUAGCAUGAGCAAAUUGUUUCAUCAAGACAAACAAUAAAAUAUAUUAAAAAAAAAUUAAUGUUUAAUAAUAUUAAUUGCCACAACAUAUAUGUGUACUACCUGCUGAAAUAUCAAGGCAAAAUAAUAAUAAUUAAGACAAAAAGGCAAGAAGUAAAAAAAAAAUAAUUGCUAAAUCAGGAAAAACUUGAAAUCCGGAAAUAUUCACUAAGUUUUAUAAAACAAAAAAAUUGGCAUUCUUUCCAAUUGACUGAUUUUCUAGCGAUAAAAAAAUACAGCCACAAAAAAUUGUCCACCGAAAUGCAAAUGCAAUAAAAGAAAUGAGUUCAGCUUAACGACCGAGCACCGAGCGACCACGAAAAGACAAAAGAAAUUUAUUUUUUUAUUUUUUAUUUCAACAAUGUCGCAUUGAAAAUUGUUCAAUUGAAUAACGGAUUAUGAGCCCCGCGACUAGCUACAAUUGAAUAAUUCUACUUUAAACGAAAUAAAAAAAAAAGUCUUUCCAACUUCUACCAAUAAAGAAGGCUGACAUGGAUAAAAAGUAUAAUUAAAUUCAGUCCAAUUCCCAAUUGAACAAAUAAUACAAGAGACAAAUACAGACACACACACACACACGCACCAGCAGUGACUGAUUGGAAAAUUUUCACCGAUCAGCUCUAUGCAUCGUGAUUUGGAUUUUUAAUUCAAGCAGAAGCCCUCAAUAAAUAGAUUGUUUAGUGUUUAGAGUCACCAUAAAGUAUAUACGCGAAUAUUAUGGAUUCGAAAGUUGAAAAUAAGGAGGAGUCGAAAGACGAAGUUGAUUUUAUACCAACAUCGACGGCAAACGCGACUGCAGCACCAGCAAAAAAAGAAAUUUGCGUGUCAUGUAAAAGCUAUAAUCCCCUCAAGAAGGGAUUUUUGAUGCGUAACAGCACAAAUAAUAACAAUAAUAAUAAUAAUAAUCAAACCACACCAAAGACCUCACAAGCUAAAAAGACAUCAGUUGAAGUUGAAUUACAGACGGCCGUUAAAUCGCACAUAUCGGCACUCGAACGACUCAACUUAUUUCACUUUCCGUUGCGAAAGAAGACAGAGUCAUCGGAUGAUAACGAAAAGUCAUCAAAUGAUCAUCAUCGACCACGUUUAAUAAAAAGCUCAUCAAUUGCGAGACUAUUCGGCAAUACAUACAAUACCAAAAAAUCAGAACAAAAUAAUAGUGCAAAUAAUUCACAAUUAAAAAAGUCACACUCAGUUUCAGAAAAGUUUUCAAAUCGUUCAAAUGAAAGUGACGACGAGUUUGUGUUAAGAAUAAGUGAACAUAAUGUUAAUUUAAGUACAAGUACAUCGAACCUCAGUUUGGAGUUGGGUAGUUCACCGAUGGAAAAGCCUGUGAAUAAGAAUGCAAUUAAAAGCAUAACAAAAGGCUUGGGUAAAUUACUAAGGCGGAAUCAUAGUAGUGUUGAAAUAAGUCCGCCUGAUCCAGAAUAUAAAGUGCUUUAUCUUGGCAAUGUUUUAACGGGAUGGGCAAAAGGUGAUGCCUGCAUUGAAAAACCAUUGGCGACAUUAUGGCGAAAUUACACACAGAACAACAAACCGGAAGUAUUGAUGCGAUUGCGAGUGUGUCCAUCGGGACUGAAAGCAACAACAAAGCAACAUGGACUCACUGAAUAUUGGUCACAUCGAGUAACAUUUUGUUCGGCACCGAGAUCUUAUCCAAAGAUUUUUUGCUGGAUUUAUCGACAUGAGGGAAGAAAAUUGAAGCAUGAAUUACGUUGUCAUGCUGUGAUUUGUUCAAGAGAAGCUUUAUGUGAGGAGAUUGCCAGUCAAUUGAAGCAAAAUUUGGCAGUUGCGCUUCGUGAAUUUAAAAGAGAUAAAAUCAAUAAACAGAACGCACGUUUAAGCUUAGCGAAUGCGGCAGACGAAAAUCCCUCAAUGCCAAGACGAAAGAUUUUAUUAAGCACUGGAGCAAAUAAUUAUCGACCACCAUUAGAGCGCUCAAAAUCAGCACCAAAACUCUUUGCAAUUGAAGAAAUGGUUGAUGAGGAGGACGAAGAAGAAUCAAACGAUGAGACAAAGGCAAAGAAAUUAGAAGAGAAAAAGAAGCGCGAAGAGAUGAAGUCGUGCUGUAAAGAAGAUCAUUUAUAUCCAUCAGUAACACUGGGUAGAAGAAGAUGUCGUCGUGGACAUUCUAUAAGAAAGUCUCGAUUACUGCGUGGGACAAUUUUCACACAACAAAAAUCAUAUCCACCAACAUACAAGCCAUCUUAUAAUGCCGUCUCAUCAAAUAGAAUUAAUCAGAAUGAUGAGAGGAAGUUGAUUAAUGAAAGUGACAUUACCAAAACUCAAGAGCAGAACAACGAGUCAAUAAUAGAGACAGUAAUCGUUCAACAAGAUACUCCAGUUAAUAGUCGUCCACUCGGUUCCGAUGAGGAUUUCGAGAGUUUCCUUUUAUGUAACAAUUACGAUUCCAAAGAACCUCUAACAAGUGACUUAAUGUCAUAUUUUGAAAUGAAAUUACAAGCACCCACAAGCACAGCCGUAACAACAACAAAUCCAAUGUUGACAACAACAGCGACAGCAAGCAUGUCAGAUUUACUCAAUGACGAUUUAUCACUGAGGAAUCAACGCACAUGCAUGAGUAUGUCAGAUUUGAUUGACUAUCAAUCUGAUAAUGAAUUGGAAGAUAAUGAAAGUGAUAUUUAUUUUAAUCAAGAUUCCGUUCUCGAUACAUUGCGACGUCAAUCGACAAAAACGGUCGUGAAUAUUGACGAUGAUGAUGAUGAUGAAAAUCAGUCAAACAGUCAUCAGACGUUUAUUCAUGAUACGGCGAAUAAACAAACUGACGAUGAUUUUGAAACGACAAAUGAUGAGAAUUGUGAUUAUAGAUUGGAACCGACCCAUCAUCACCAUCAUCAUCUACAUCAUCAUUACAUGUAUAAACAUCAUCCAACACAUAUGGAAUUAUUUGAUGAUGAUUUAACAUCGGAAUCGCCAUCAUCAUUGUGUAUGAGUGAGAAGACAAUUUGUGUUAAUUUAGACAGUGACGAAGGUUCAUCAAUAUCGAGUGGCUGUGAAACAUCAAGUACGGUCACGACAAAUGCUGAGGAGAAUCAAAUACCACGUCGUGGAAGUGUUUUGGAUCGUGUGAGGACAUUUGAGCGAAUGUCUGAACCAAAAGUGACAAAAAAGGAUGAGAAGCAUGCAUCGGGUAAAGUCUUCCAUCGUAGCUUAUCAAAUGGUUCUCCUCCAUCAACGACAUUUAUUCUAUCACCGCCUGAAAAUAAUUCCAUUAAAAUUACAAGAGGUGGAACGCUUACAAGAGCUGAUAACAUCAACAAUGGAGUGUCAUUGAGGAAAGUGAAAAUUGAUGAUGAUUCUGAUGAAUUGAGUGAUGAGUCUGGUUAUGUAGAGUUUCAAGAUCUUUCUCUUAAGUCUACUUAUGCUUAGAUUUAGGCGGAUUUGGGUUUCAAUAACUGAUUUUCAAUUAAAAUAAGAAAGAUUUAUAUUUUCGAAAAUAAGAUUUUUCACUUUCGAUAUUAAAAUUUCACUUUCGAAAAUGAGAUAUUUUACUUUCGAAAAUGAGAUUUUUCACUUUCAAAAAUGAAAUUUUUCACUUUCGAAAAUAAAACUUUUUACUUUCGAAAAUGAGAUUUUUCACUUUCGAAAAUGAGAUUUUUCACUUUCGAAAAUGAGAUUUUUCACUUUCGAACU